AGAGAGCAGGGACGCACGCCCGCCCGUCGCCGUCGCCUGGCCGCUAUGGAUCUAUUCGACUUUUUCAGGGACUGGGACUUGGAGCAGCAGUGUCACUAUGAACAAGACCGUAGUGCACUUAAAAAAAGGGAAUGGGAGCGGAGAAAUCAAGAAGUCCAGCAAGAAGACGAUCUCUUUUCUUCAGGCUUUGAUCUUUUUGGGGAGCCCUACAAGACAAACAAAGGUGAUGCACUUGCCAACCGAGUCCAGAACACGCUUGGAAACUAUGAUGAAAUGAAGGAUUUGCUAACUAACCAUUCUAAUCAGAAUCAUCUAGUGGGAAUUCCAAAGAAUUCUGUGCCCCAGACUCCCAUCAACAAAAACGAACCAAGCUUUUUUCCAGAACAAAAGAACCGAAUGAUCCCAGCUCACCAGGAUAAUACUCAUCCCUCUGCACCAAUGCUUCCACCUUCUGUCGUGAUACUGAAUUCGACUCUAAUACACAGCAACAGAAAAUCAAAACCGGAGUGGCCACGAGAUAGUCAUAAUCCUAGCACUGUACCAGCAAGCCAAGCUAGUAGUCAGCCAAACAAGAUGCAGACUUUGACCCAGGAUCAGCCUCAAACCAGACUGGAAGACUUCUUUGUCUACCCAGCUGAACAGCCCCAAAUUGGAGCAGUUGAAGAGUCAAACCCACCGGUGAAGGAAGACAGUAGCUUCAAGUCUAGUGGAGAAGAUGCUUUCAAAGAAAUCUUUCAGUCCAACUCACCAGAAGAAUCUGAAUUUACAGUGCAAGCGCCUGGGUCUCCCCUAGUGGCCUCCUCUUUAUUAGCUCCCAGCAGUGGCCUUUCAGUUCAAAACUUCCCACCAGGGCUCUACUGCAAAACAAGCAUGGGGCAGCAAAAGCCAACUGCGUAUGUGAGACCCAUGGAUGGGCAGGACCAGGCACCUGACAUCUCUCCAGCACUGAAACCUUCCAUUGAAUUCGAGAACAGCUUUGGGAAUCUGUCAUUUGGAUCACUCUUGGAUGGCAAACCCAGUGCAGCCAAUUCAAAGACUAAACUACCCAAGUUCACGAUCCUUCAAACAAGUGAAGUGAGCCUUCCCAGUGACCCAAGCUGUGUUGAAGAAAUCUUGCGGGAGAUGACCCAUUCCUGGCCUACUCCUCUCACUGGCAUACACACUUCUGGAAACUCUGAGCAGAAUACAUUUUUCAUCCCAGGACAGGAAUCCCAACAUCUGACCCCUGGAUUCACCUUACAAAAGUGGAGUGAUCCAACUAGCAGAGUGUCUACAAAGAUGCUUGAGGAUGAUCUGAAGUUGAGCAGCGAUGAGGAUGACUUUGAGCCUGUGAAGACCUUGACCACACAAUGUACUGCCACUGAGCUCUAUCAGGCUGUUGAGAAGGCAAAACCUAGGAACAAUCCUGUGAACUCACCCUUGACCACACCACAGCCCCCAUCUGCAGUGCAAGUCAGCGGGGGUUCCGGCAGUUCCAGUGAAUCAGAGAGCAGCUCCGAGUCCGACUCCGACACCGAAAGCAGCACCACUGACAGUGAAUCCAAUGAGGCCCCUCGUGCGGCUACUCCGGAGCCUGAGCCACCCGCAACCAACAAGUGGCAGCUGGAUAAAUGGCUUAACAAAGUGACAUCUCAGAAUAAGUCAUUUAUUUGUGGCCAAAAUGAGACACCCAUGGAGACGAUUUCUCUGCCUCCUCCUAUUGUCCAACCGAUGGAAGUCCAGAUCAAAGUGAAGACAAACCCCAACCAGAUCAUGGCUGAACCCAAAGAAAGGCCUCUCCUCAAUCUCAUUAGGGAGAAAGCCCGUCCGCGGCCCACCCAGAAAAUUCCAGAAACAAAGGCUUUGAAGCAUAAGUUGUCACCAGCUAUUGAAACAGCUUCUCAAAGGACAAUUGGGAAAAAACAGCCCAAAAAGGCUGAGAAGAGCACCAGCAUGGAUGACUUUUCCUGGCUCAAACCAAAUAUUACCAGCAGCACUCCCAAAGAAAAAGACAGCAUGGAGCUUCCUGACCCACCAAGAGGCCGCAACAAAGCUACUGUCCACAAACCAGUCCCUAGGAAAGAACCAAGGCCUAAUAUCACCUUGGCUGCUGAAAAGAAGAAGUACAGAGGGCCUGGCAAGAUUGUGCCAAAGUCCCGCGAAUUCAUUGAAACCGAUUCGUCUACAUCUGACUCCAGCACGGAUCAAGAGGAGACUCUGCAGAUCAAAGUUCUGCCUCCUUGCAUUACUCCUGGAGGUAAUACUGCGAAACCCAAGGAAACCGGUGGUGCCAACUUGACCCUCAGCAACUUCGUCAGCAGCAACGGCAACAGCAACAACUCAUCCAUCAACAACGAAGAACCAACGUUUUCACCCAUUUCUGCUACACCAAGUGAGCAUCUGUCCCCUGUACAAUCAGAUCAGGAGAAUCUGAAAAACCUAUGGGUGAAGAUCGACCUUGACUUACUCUCUAGAGUACCCGGCCACAACUCACUCCAAGCAGCACCUGCCAAGCCAGACCAUAAGGAAAUGGCCACAAAACCCAGGCGUCAGACUGCUGCUACAGUGGUGGAAAAACCGGCCCCUAAGGGCAAGCGUAAGUACAAGCCAGCAGAUAUUGCGGAGAAGAUUCCUGAGAAGAAGCAGCGCCUAGAGGAGGCCAACACAAUCUGCUUGCUCCCCCCUUGCAUCUCACCAGUGCCACCCCAGAAGCCUCCCAGCGCUAGAGAAAAUAAUUCAUCCAGGAGAACCAAUAGACGAAAGGAUGAAAAGCUAUUUCCUCCUCCACUUUCCCCACUGCCAGAGGACCCUCCACGCCGUAGAAAUGUCAGUGGCAAUACUGGUCAUUACAAUCAAGACAGAAACACCUCCACAACUGGACAUAGCACCUCUGGCAAACCUAAACGAAAUGAAGGCAAAUUCUGUUCUACUUUCAAAGGGAUAUCCACAAACGAGGGAGACACUCAAAAAAAGCCAGCCACCACUGUUUCUAUUACCAGCACUGCUAUUGCAACUGUCACUGCUACUGCUAUUGUCACAGCUACAGUGACAGCUACCGCAACAGCUACAGCAACGGUCACCACUACAACUACUACCACUACUAUUUCUACCAUCACCUCUACCAUCCCUACUGGCCUCAUGGAUAGCAAUCACCUAGAGAUGACAUCCUGGGCAUCCCUGCCCCUUCUGUCCAGUAGCAGCACUAACGUCCGGAGACCCAAGCUCACUUUUGAUGAUUCGGUUCACAACGCUGAUUAUUACAUGCAAGAAGCUAAGAGGCUGAAGCACAAGGCUGAUGCACUGUUCGAGAAAUUUGGCAAAGCUGUGAAUUAUGCUGAUGCUGCCCUGUCCUUCACCGAAUGUGGCAAUGCCAUGGAACGUGACCCUCUGGAAGCAAAGUCCCCAUAUACCAUGUAUUCUGAGACCGUGGAGCUCCUCAGGUAUGCAAUGAGGCUGAAGAACUUCGCAAGCCCCUUGGCUUCAGAUGGAGACAAAAAGCUGGCAGUUUUAUGCUACCGAUGCUUAUCGCUCCUCUACUUGAGGAUGUUUAAACUGAAGAAGGACCACGCUAUGAAGUACUCAAGAUCACUGAUGGAGUAUUUUAAGCAAAAUGCUUCAAAAGUCACCCAUAUACCAUCUCCGUGGGUUGGCAAUGGAAAGAACACUCCAUACCCAGUGUCUCUCAACAAUGUCUCUGCCAUCAAUGCAAUGGGGAACUGCAACAACGGCCCGGUCACCAUCCCUCAGCGUAUUCACCACAUGGCUGCCAGCCACGUCAACAUCACUAGCAACGUGUUACGGGGCUACGAACACUGGGAUAUGGCGGACAAACUGACGCGAGAGAACAGAGAAUUCUUUGGCGAUCUGGACACACUGAUGGGGCCUCUAACUCAGCACAGCAGCAUGACCAAUCUUGUCCGCUACGUUCGCCAGGGACUGUGUUGGCUGCGCAUCGACGCCCAUUUGUUGUAGUGGGUGUGCUCCUGUGUCCAGUGUCAUCCCCAUCACUCUACCUCUACCAGCACACCAAUGGUCACUGGU